AUGUGGCUUGUUGGACAUUAUGUCCACUACGUGAUGAUGUUACGCCGUUUGUGCCCCUGCAUCCGCCGGCGUGCCGCUGACCGCGACGAGCGCAAGAAGCUGAAGAAGAACAAGAAGGCGCAGGCUUGUGAUGUCUCCGACACCAUGUACAGUGGCUACACUGCCCAUGCCGAACAGCAGCCGCUGCCACCGACGCUGCCACGCCCGCCUUCACCGCCGCUACCGCCGCCUCCCACCACCUCAGGCGGCGAGACCACAACUACUGAUGAGCUGCUGCCCACCACCAACUUGGGCAGUGGCGAUGUUAGUGUUGCUGAUGACCCACUGGCCCCCACCACCUCGCCUAGUGGAGAUAGUAAUGCUGCUGAGUUGCAGCCCCCCACCUCCUUUUGCAAUGGAGACAACACUGCUGACGAUGAAUCGUCUCACCCCACUGUCUUCGAAGGCAGUGACAGCACAUCCACUAAUGAACUGCUGACCCCCACUGUCUUGCACAGUGACGAUAUUAUUACUGCUCAACUGCAGCCCCCCACGACACUUGGCAGUGGCAACAAGGCUGCCAAUGAUGAACCUCAGCAUCCCACCAUCUUGGAUGUUCGCGAUGCCACAUCCACUAGUGAGCCGCUGCCUCCCAGCAACCCUGGCAGUUGCGACUCUAAUUCCACUGAGUCGCUGCCCUCCACCACCUUGCGCAGCAUCGAAGUGUCUGCCGAUGUUAAGCCACCAUGUCCCCCUGUCUUGGAUGGUGGCUUCUGCAAGUCCACUAAUGAUCUGAAGCUGGCCACCGCCAUAUGCACUGACAAUACUAUUCGUGCUGAAUCACUGCCCUCCAUCACCUGGGCCAACUUCAACACAGCUGGCAGUGAUGAAGUACUGAAUCCAACCAUCUUCCAAAUUAGUGUAACCAAGACUGAAUUAUCUAUGUUGCCUCAUGCAGCUGAUGUUGCACCAUCAGCCCUACAGGGUGCACUUCUCACUGGCCCUCCCCCAAAGCAGGCGUUCCCUAAGAUUUCCAAAAAGAAAAGUCCGUCUGAUCAGCAGGUAUAUCUUCAAGGCCCUCCACCUUUUCCCGCUUUUGGAAAUAAAAUGUAA